UAGUCGAAGAGGUACAGUACAGCGACUGUCACAGCCUUUUACUUCCUACUUACGGUCAUUUCAAGACGGAAACUUUUGACAAAAAUCAAACAGGUCAACGAAAGAAAGCGGCGACUAACUUGACGUAUUUUGGAAAUCCUAAGAGACGGAGAAAACCCUUUUCUUUUUCUGGCGUCGUCUGCGAGGAGCUUUGCCACCCCAAAAAAAAUAUAGAGGUUAUAUAUAUAUAUGCAUAUAUAUAUAUCCGAGGCAAAAAAAUAGAACUACAUAAUUCAAGGUGGCGGCUGUUGAAGGAGAAAAAAUAGAAAGUAUUUUUGAACAAUCGCGCCACAAGUCCACAAAGGAAGAGGUAGGCCUACCGGCUGAUGCGCUCAGGUCCAUGGCUCCUUGGUGUCUCUGAUAUCUCACUUGCCAAAGACAAAAAAAAAAAAAAAAAAAAAAGAGAGAGAGAGACCAGACACCUCCGUUACCAACGCAACUUAUAAUAAAUAGAUGUGAUUCAGUGUUGGACCCACCGUUUUUCGGCUAACACUUUUUACUCGACUUGAGAUUCCUGCGAAGCAAUUGGGGCUUCAACUCCCCGACCCGAGGAGGCGGAGUCUUAACUUAUUAAAAGGAACUUGCUGAGGUUUGGACGCCAGCAAAUAUGAUGAUGAUGUCUCUGAACAGCAAGCAGCCUUUCGCCAUGGCACACAGCAGCUUGCCCGAGCCCAAGUACUCCUUGCACUCGUCCUCGUCCUCCACGCUGACUUCCAGCGCGCCGUCGUCCUGCUCGUCCUCCCGCCACAGCAGCAGCAUCAUCAGCAGCAGCGGCGGCGGCUCGGAGGCGAUGCGCAGAGCCUGUCUCCCAACCCCACCGAGCAAUAUAUUCGGGGGUUUGGAUGAGAGUUUGUUGGCCCGGGCUGAAGCUCUAGCGGCGGUGGAUAUAGUCUCUCAGACCAAGAGCCACCACCACCCUCCACACCACAGUCCCUUCAAGCCGGACGCCACCUACCACACCAUGAACACUCUCCCCUGCACGUCGUCGUCCUCCUCCUCCUCGGUGCCCAUCACUCACACGUCCGCGCUGGGCGGCCACCACCACCACCAUCACCACCACCACCAUCACCAGCCCCACCAGGCUCUGGAGGGGGACCUGCUGGACCACAUCACCCCGGGACUGGCGCUGGGAGCCAUGGCGGGGCCCGACGGCUCGGUGGUGUCCACGGCCGCGCACCCUGCCCACAUGGCGGGCAUGAACCACAUGCACCAGGCGGCCAUCAACAUGGCUCACGCCCACGGGCUACCGCCGCACAUGGGCAUGAACGACGUGGACGCCGAUCCCAGGGACUUGGAAGCCUUCGCGGAGAGGUUUAAGCAGAGACGGAUCAAACUCGGGGUCACCCAGGCGGAUGUGGGGUCAGCUUUGGCCAGUCUCAAGAUCCCCGGCGUCGGCUCCCUCAGCCAGAGCACCAUCUGCCGAUUCGAGUCCCUCACGCUGUCGCACAACAACAUGAUCGCUCUGAAGCCCAUCCUGCAAGCGUGGCUGGAAGAAGCCGAGAAAUCGCACAGGGAGAAACUUAAUAAACCAGAGUUGUUCAACGGCGCGGAGAAAAAGAGGAAGCGCACGUCGAUAGCUGCCCCGGAGAAGCGGUCGCUGGAGGCCUAUUUCGCCAUUCAGCCGCGUCCCUCGUCGGAGAAAAUCGCAGCCAUCGCGGAGAAGCUGGACCUGAAAAAGAACGUGGUGCGGGUCUGGUUUUGCAACCAGCGGCAGAAACAGAAACGAAUGAAGUACUCCGCAUGCGUCUAAAAGAAAAAAAAAACGCUUUAAACCAUCACCUACCGAAAAAGACUUGGAACUGUUUAGAGAAGAUUUGUAUCAUAUUUCCUAUGUCACACACUUUUUUUCAAUCAUCAGUGACUUUGUGCUUUGAACUUCGAAAAAUUCCUAAAAAUGAACAAUGACCGAAAAACUCGAAAACACCAAGUCUCGUCUUUUACUCGCUAAGAAGGACAUAAGGAGUCACAGGCAAGAGCAAGUAAGACCACCGUUUCCACAUUUACUACGACUCACAUUUUUAAUGCCAACUCAAAAUGACUACAGGACUCUUUGAUUUUUUAUUUAUAAUUAAUUUAAACAGUUACCGUUUGCGUUACAUCCCCGCUGAAGAUAUACAAUUUUCAUUUGCAGGGAGCUGGGCAAUUUUAUUCAAAGCACUUGGUUGUUGACUAUUGUUGUUACUGGCUUAUAUGAUAAGCUAUACAUUUUCCCUCCGAGGUCAUGACAAUGAAGUCUGACAUUUAUUCAGGGUCUAGGGGGGGUACUGAAAGGACAACAUACAAGUUGAUCUUGAGAGCUAAUAUUAGAUUACUGCCAAAUAACCUGUAAAUUAACGAUUUACUUCACACACUUCAUUAUGUGUCUAAAUGUGUAAUUAAUUCUGCUUAUUUUGUUACCAUGUGUGAUCCAAGCCAGGGAUCUAUUUUCAAGAUAUCCUGGGUUUAGAUUUAUAGGUGGGGUUGUUAUUAGGCCUCAGUGUGCCGAAUGAUCAAAAUAGUGACUCGCUUGUGAGGAUUUUACAGAUUAUUGCCGAGAAAAAACACGAUUUCCCACCGGUUAAAAUAACUUUAUAAUACAGCGUGGGCCGGUGUCUUAUGAACUAUUUAUUGAGUGAGGUCAUGUUUACUUCAUUAUAUAUUUAUUGGGAUUCCCCCCCUCUCAUCGUUUUGCUUGAGAAAAUCAAAUUCUGACAGCAGGUUCAGCGUGUUGUCCUGAUUUAAAGGGAAACGACUGUGAAAUCCACAGUCACAAAUUCUACACUUUCUAACGUUUGAGAUGGUACAAUCGAGAUAUAUAUGAGAUAGUAUUCUCCUUUUAAAUUAUUUUAUGUAUGUUUUUCUGCUAUUUAUUUGUAUAAAUAUAGGCGCAUCAUUAUGGAGUCCUUGCUUGUUAAAUCACAUUGUUUAAGUAAUGUUUUUUUCUUGAGGAGAAAAGAAACAGCUUCGUGGAAGCAAACGUGUACAAUGUAAAUAUUUCAUUGGAAUCAGUCGAUGCACAUAAAUAUAUUCGUACAGGUUUUUGCUGUAUUGCUGUUUAGCUGAGGUAAUUUAUUUCUGUAAUGUAUGUUGCUUUUGGUUCCCUGAUUAAAUAACUAUUAAUUUAUUACAUUCAUGUAAUUUUACUUUAUUUAAUUAUUGAACUGCAAUAUGUGUUUCAUUAAAGAACAAACUUUGACAUUUAAUCGGACGUUUUCCAUGACUGCACUGCAAAAUGUGGCUGAUCCAGACGUGUUAGUAUUCUUGUAUUUAUUCAUCUGUUUAUUUAUUGAUGAGGAGGAGGGAAACGGUUUAGCUGUGAGCUAGGCAGCUUUUUAAAGACAGCAUGUGGAUUCUUUCAGCUUAUUUAAAGACAAACAUUUCAUUUUCAUAAUGUUCAUGAACAAGACACUAUUCCAAUAACCUCACCUUCACUCAGCAACACCCUCCUCUCACAUUCUGGGCAAUAUAAAGACACGUAAAUGUGAAAUGUAAUUAGAAAUGUAUUUCUUUUAACCUCCGUAUUCUGAUUUCAAGGCCUCGUCAUAUAGCAGGCCCUAUAGGAUUCCCAUUCUCUCUGCUCCGUCAGUGUUAGACACACGUGGCUCCUCCAGUGACUGCCAGCUUAUGGAGCUUCACUGUUGCCUUACCUGAGAGCAAAUGCUAAUAUUCUAUUAGAGUCUAAUCAGGGUGUCUGUGGAGAGCUAGAUGGGUCCCUGGAGUGCAGACUUGCCAGAUGUCAGCCCGCCAGAAAAACAGCUCGCCUGCCAACGUGCCCGUCUCUAUUUAAAUACACACUCAAACAUGCCUCGUUGCGGGCAUGCGGGCUUUGAAGCUAAGCCUUUGGUUCGAAAUUUGGAGGGUAAAAAUAAGAAAAAAAAAGAAAAGAGAAAAUAGGGGUGUAUUUUUUAAUGUUAUGUCCGAAGCAGAGCUGCUGUUUUGGGGCUUCAGGGCUGACUGACUGGACUGGCUCUCAGGUAGCUGUCCAUGGUGCUGAAAUAGUCAGAAUGCGCUUCAACACCAUGGACACAUACCAGAGAAUAUUUCUGAAACCCAUCUUCUUAACU